AAGGUGUCAUUCCGGAUGCGAACACGAUCCAUCUGGCUAGAAAGCAACGACAACGAGCCAAGUUCCAACUGGAGGCGGCAACGGGUGAAGACGAGGUCACCUCCAGUGGCCAGCACAUUCCAAAUACAAUGGUUUUAGACGCUCUGCAGUCCGUGCCCGGAAUAAACGAGCAGAAAGCUGCAGAGUUCAAGAGAGCUUCAGAGGCCUACCAAAGUCCAUCCGGAGACAUUUCACUUUCCUCCAUGAAGUCGCUUUUGCAGACUAGGCGAAUGAAGCUCAAACAGACAGUGGACUCUAAUAAGGCUGAACUGGCACAGGCACAAGAAGACCUCGCUCGUGGGCGGGAUCUGAUUUCCAAGUCGCGUGCUACGCUACCCGAGCUUGCCAAAAGUCUCUUGUUCUUUCAGGAAAUUCGGGACUACGUGCAUGACGUCAUUGACUGCUUCAGUGAGAAGAUGUCCAAGAUUGAAUAUCUCGAUCGAAAGUCGAUAAUGCUUUAUCGCGAGCGGGCAGACAACUUGUCCAGUCGACGCCGCAACGAUGUGAAGGAUAUUGCAGACGAGGUUGCUAUUGGUAAGUUACCUUACACACACAGAUCAUCCGCCCAUCCUUACCGCAUACAUACACGAUGGAUAAUCUGUCGUUACGCGCGACGCUACCGUCCACAAUCUGGGCAUAGCCACAAACUUGUUUACAACGAAGCUCACUCACACUGCACCUAA